GCAAAUACGCAAUCAACUCAGUCAAUGUACUACCUCGCUGUUGCAAACAACGCUGAACUUCCGCAGCCAACGCAUACGCAACGCAAAUGAAAGCAAAGCAAGUAAAAGACAAUUCUGUAUAUUAAGACAAUUUGCUGAAUAAAUUUUAAGCAACACAAAAGUAAACAAUUUUGUUAUUCAAAACUAAACAAUUGCCCUCCGUGCUAACAGCGAAGUGGGUGUGUAUAUUUGCCACCAUACAGGUGAUAAGGAGAGUGAAAAGGCGAGAAAAAGAUUUAGAAGGAGCGCUAACAUAUUGUAAUACACUUUUUCCGGAAACGAAUUGCUGCGGCAUACAAAAGUGCUGUCCACUUAAAGAAGCUUUCGAGCAAAACUUGCUGUCGCAACAACACUUAAUAGAGAAACGCCGAGAUGCCUGCACUAAGUAACGGCAGAAACAUGGACAUUGUUAUCCGCGAGGAGGAUGUGUCGGUGGCACAGGUGGGCAUUUAUGCGUCCAUAUCCUUUCUGGUGGUGACUGUUGUGGGUGCAUUGUUCUACGUUUCGUGUUCGAAGAAAUAUCGACUCAAUUGGUUUGAGAAAAAUUUACUGGAAUCGGCCGCGGAGACACAGGAUACCGAACAGUGCACCGAUCCGCUCGUUGCUGGUACUGCAGCUUUUAAUGCGGACAACAUCAGCGAAUGUUCGCGUUCUCGUUCGAUUUGCAAGGGCAAUAUAAGCCCCACAUCCAUUAAUACUGACGAUCCCACCUUUUGGGUGCCACCACCGCGCAAGACUGUGCAACAACAGGUUUCAACAUCUGCUGAAGAGUCGCCACCACCAACACCCACCUCACCAACGGGUAGUUUGAAAUCGAAUACGCUCUCGAUGUCUUCAACGAGUUCCGUGCCUAUAACACGUUCGGAUAAGCACGUCGUCUUGGGCAUGAAUCCCAGCAGGCCAAAGGUGGCGUCGAUGAGCGCGAAAUUGGACCACACAAAAAUUGACAUGUCUCUCUAUAGAAACAACUCGCAACAGAAGGGAUCGCCGGAAGGCAGUGAUGAUAUUCGUGGCAAUAUUCAUUUGAGUGUGGUCUAUGACACAAUAGCUGGCAUGCUCUCCGUACAUUUAAUAGAGGCACAAAAUUUGCAACCACGCGACUUUAGCCGCACAGCAGACCCAUAUGCCAAAGUACGUCUGCUUCCCGAGAAGAAGAAUUUCUGGCAAACGCGCAUACACAAGAAAACUCUCAAUCCCAUUUUCGAUGAGGAUUUCGUCUUUGAAGAGAAUGCAAAUGUAAUCGAUAAGCGCACAAUUGAGAUUUUGCUCUACGAUUUUGACGCGUACUCACGCCAUGUUUGCAUUGGCGGCGCCCAAAUACCAUUAAACAGCUUGGAUCUAAACGAGAAGGUUGAGUUGUGGACACCGUUAGGAUCCUGCGCAGAGCAAGACAUGAAGGUCGAUUUGGGUGACAUUAUGGUUUCGCUCUCAUUUUUGCCCUCAGCUGAACGUCUAACAGUGGUAUUGAUCAAAGCGCGCAAUUUACGUAUAAUAGAUGAUUCGCGUAACUCAUCAGAUCCGUAUAUUAAAGUGGCGCUACUAUCCGAUGGUAAAAAAAUCAAGAAGCGUAAAACUGGCGUCACACGCAAUACCAUCAAUCCGGUAUAUAAUGAAGCACUAACAUUUGAUGUUAGCAAGGACACAUUGAAGAAUUGUCUCAUAGAGUUUACGGUCGUUCACGAUGGACUGUUGGGCUCCAGCGAAAUUCUGGGUCGUGCAGUCAUUGGCAACUCUGCAGAAGUGCGCCCCGAAGAACGUAUGUUUUUCGAACAAAUGUUCCGUUCCAAAAAUUCACUCGCACAAUGGGUUCCACUGCAGGAGGCUAGCAAUCAGCGCGGCAAUUUAGCUAAUCCACUAACCAGCGUGAAUUAAAUGUUAGAUAACAGCAUAAAUGCUCGAGCAGGGAGUUAACAUAACGCUGUUAUUGCAGAACAGUGAGUUUAAACAGAAAAUGUUAAUGACAGAGAAUGUUAAAACAGUGAAUGUUUAUAACACAAAAUGUUAUUUUCGGAAAAUGUUGAAGCAAAAAUUCUCUAUUAGGAAAAGUUGACAACUUCUUUUCUGUAGUGAAUUAAUUAAAUUAAUUACAUUAAAAUUUUCAGCUGUUAUUAGUCAGCAGAAAAUUAGUUUUUUAAUUCAACUAUGCAUGUGGGCCUGUUUAAAAAGUCCACAAAGAAAAAGCUGACUAAUUAUUGUGUUUUUUUAAAUUACUAAAAUUGCUAAGUUUGUGUUUAAUUCUAGGGUAUAAAUGCAAGUUUUGUGUGCAGCUCAGGCAGUCUAUAUGUAUUCAUAUGCGUCUAUACCUAUAAAGUAUAUACCUAUAUAAGAUAUUUUCACAUAUAAACAUAUGUACACAAAAAAAUAUAUUUUUAAAAAAGUUUAGGUUUUGUUUUUAUGGCUAUUUCUUUGUCUAAGUACAUCAUAGGCUGAAAAGUCUUUGGCUUGAUUGGGAGAUCGGCUUAUCAUUGUCUUGAAGUAUUAAGCGAAGAGUUUCAUAAGUUUAUUUAUAUUAUAUUUUAUAUUAUCUCAACGCGCUAGCCUCAAAGUGACGCUAUCUCUGCUAUUUUGCAAUGAAAAAAGUGUGUGUUGUGUUUGAAGAAACUCCACAUGGGCCAAACAUAACGAAUUUUCAACAUUUGCAAAGCAAUGCUAUGAUAAGCGUUAUAGCGAAUCUGUGCUAGCAUAUUCAAGAACCAAGCACUGGUUAGCUAAAUUUCGUUUCCAAAUGAUACAACCUUUUCAGGAAGACCAAAACAGUCAAUAGGACCUGAAAACAUCAUUGAAAGAAGAAUAAUGCUCUUGCCGAGACUCAAGGUGGAAACAGGCGUCUAUGUUUUAACAAAUGGAGACUAUGUCAUUGAAAUGCACCUUCUUUCAACGUUAAGCCCAAGACAUUUCAGACCAUUUGGUACUUAUCUGUUUAAGUAAGACCUUAUAGUUAUACUUAUAUAAUUUACUAGAUAGUUUAAUAUAAUUAAGAUAUAAUUUGAAAUAUUUUAAUAAGAAUAAUGCUUUACUUUUAUCGUGUGUUAAAAUCAUUUUUUUUUUUUUCAAAAUAGAUUUGAUAAACAUUUUUGUUGUGCGAAGUAACAGUAUAUAGGUUUUUUUUAUAGGUGAUAAAGCAAAUAUUCCAUUGGAACCAAUAUAAUAUAUAUGUGCGUAUGUAUGUAUACACCUAUGUAUCGUAAUUGCUGACACGGAUUGCAGGGAAAUGAAAAACUGAAUUAGCUUAGUUUCAAUAAAUAUUAAUGCUAUACAAUAUUCUAUAAGCUUAAGCAAUUUGUUCAGCGUACUACUACAUGUGCUUUGAACACUAUAUAUUGGGCAUUCGGGUGAACCCUCAAGCAGGAUGCUGAAUUUAUAAAAGUUACGACCACGCUUAACCAUUAAUCGUGUGCAAUUCUCCAGAUUCUAUGUCAAAAAGUACCUAAAGUUAUCUAUAUAUUCUUAGAAAAAUAUAAAAAUUAAGAUUUUAUAUAUAAUAUACUAUAUAUUUUUAUUGUCACUAAAUGUUUAUAUAUCAACAAUUGAACGUAUGUAUGUAUGUCUGUAAUCGAACAAAGCUUACUUAGCGUACCAUUAUUGAUCGUCUAACAAAUUUGGAUUAACUUCCACACCACAUGUAUUUUUUAAGGAAAAGAGUCGUAGAUGUAUAUGUACUAUAUUUACUGAAAUAUAUUCGACAGUUUAUAAAUCUAUGUGGAUAUAGUGGUAAGAUUUUCAGGCAAAUAUUUUGUAAUAAUUAUAAUUUUCUAAUUUAUUUUUGUUGCAUAUUGUUGUUACUAAAGUAAUCGUAUGUAUAUAAAAUAAAAACCGAACAAAAAGACUGGAGUUUUUAUUUA